CUUUAGACUUCAAGGGUUACAAAUAUCAGCUUGACUGUCCCUGUCUGGUCAGUUUGGGAUGAGAAUCCUUGUAGCUCCGAAAUGAAAAUGACCCGGGUUCUGUUGUGCCUAGUUCUUCUCUGGGGAGCAUCUCUCAGUGAAGGGUGCGAUCUUGAGCUCCAGAAGGACGUGGACUUCCCAGGAAAUGACAUCCUGCAGAUCCUCUCUCCAGAUGCGCUCCACUGCCAGCUCGCCUGCACUCAGCACCACUCCUGCCUCUUUUUCUCAUUUCUUCGAUCUGAUUGGACCCAGAACAACGACCAGUUCUACUGCUACCUGAAGCACACGGACUCCGGGAAACCACCCACAAUUAAUAAUAGGAAAGGCAUCACUUCUGGCUACUCGCUGAAAACCUGUAAAGAUCGCAAGAGACAAACUUGUCUGUCAGCUGUCUAUAACGAUGUGGACUUCUGGGGAGAUAAUUACACGUCACUCUAUGUAGCGGACUAUGAGGACUGUCAGAUGGCUUGCACUAAAGACCUAGGCUGCCAGUUCUUCGCCUUUGCCAACCAAUACUUUCCUCAAUACAGAAAUCGUUGCUGGCUGAAACACACCAGGGUUUUUCCCAGUCCCCCAAAAGUCCAGCGCUCGAACGGACUGACAAGUGGCUUCUCACACACAAUUUGUACUAGCAACAGCACGGACAGAAACAACUGCCGGUACAAGUUGCAAAACAACACAAAUUUUCCCGGGUAUGACUUUGAGGAGGUUGCUUCACCCUCACCUGAAUACUGCCAUUUUUUAUGCACCAUCCAUCCACGUUGCACCUUCUAUUCAUACGGAAGGGAUGCGAUGGUUUGCUACUUAAAGAACACCAAAGAAGAACGGUCCUAUACUUCAGAAGAAGGAGUCAUCUCAGGCUACCCAACACGGUUCUGUGAGUCCUCAGACGAAUGUGUGAGGACUUCGUAUGAAAACAUAGACUUUCCAGGGUUCGACAGGCGCUCCAUCCACGUGAACAACGCACAGAGCUGCCAAGAAGCCUGCACGUCUGAUCCCAACUGCCACUUCUACACCUAUACCUACAGAGGGGACUGUUACCUGAAGCAGGUGAUCACAGUCCCCGUGCCUUCAAAGGUGGAUAUCAGGAAGAAUAUGGUUUCUGGGUUCCACCUGAGAGACUGCUGAGCAGAGUGGAAGGAAGGAUAAGACAGAUAUGACUUUAUGCAAGACCAUUCAAGAUGCAAGAACACGACUCACAUGCUCCACCCAAAGCAUAUAAGAUGACGUUUGACUAAGUGAGCUGCAAGAUUCGCCAAGACAUUUCACUUACCUUAAGGCAUGAGAAACUCUGCAGACGGAUAGAUGCCUCCCACAAGGCAAAAUUUGAAGACAAAAUACAUAUUUUAUUGGAAUAAAUAAAAUCUGUAUAGGAAUUGUUGCAAUAAUGAAUACAAAGUUUGAAAAAAUUACUGAAAUGUCUGAAAAGAAAGGCCAACUUGUGAAAACACAUAGGUGUUCACAUUCAGUAUACAUACGUACCAUUUUACACUAAGGACACUGCACUUACCUGUUCAUGCUUCAGACAUUCAAAUGUUAAAAUGAGGUGUUAUUACUUUCUGGUCUCUCAUAAAAGCAUGUUAUUCUGUCUAA